AGUCCUCGGCGUUUAGGUCAUGGGUUUGGCGCUAGUCCGUUACACUGCGGCGAAGCGAAGAAGAAUGGCGAUGGCAGCGGCGGCAUUUCUCGCCUGAUCUCCUUCUCCUCCAUCUCUCGCUCGCUCGCAUUCUGCGCUCUUAGAUUAGAAGAAAUUUCUAUUCCUUGGCGGCGGUGUUGACCGCGUCUAGGGUGUGAUUUCUUGGCCCGGGAUCUAGAUUCCAGCGCCCAGAUCUGCCCGCGCGGCAAUGCAAUCGGCUCGGAUUUGGCGGUGAGGCUGGGAAUUUCCGCGCAAUUCGGGAUCAGAUCGGCCCGCCAAGAUGAUGAAUGUCAAGAGCUUGAAUCACCGGCGGCACGAGGAGGACGCUCCAUCGCCGCCCGAGGACUACUCGGCCAAGCCGUCCAAGCCAUGGCCGCGGCCCGUGGAUUACCUCAUCCGCGAGCAGCGCCUCAUGUUCGUGCUCCUGGGCAUGGCGCUGGCCACCGCCUUCUUCAUCGUCCAGCCGGGCUACUUCGGCAAUUCCGAUCGUCCCUCCAGCGCGGCGCGCUUCUUUGAUCGCGAGGCCGAGACUCGCAUCGUGGUGAGGCCCCAGGUGUCCACUGUUCCAGCGGUGUUUAGCACGGGCGCCAAGAUCCCGUUGGGUCUCAGGAGGAAGCCAUUGCGAGUGGUGGUGACCGGCGGGGCUGGAUUCGUGGGCAGCCAUCUGGUGGACAGGCUCAUGGCUCGCGGCGACAGUGUGAUCGUGGUGGACAAUUUCUUCACCGGGAGGAAGGAGAAUGUGAUCCACCACGUUGGAAAUCCCAGGUUUGAGCUCAUCCGGCACGACGUUGUGGAGCCACUGCUGCUGGAGGUGGACCAGAUCUAUCACCUUGCUUGCCCGGCUUCUCCAGUCCACUACAAGUAUAACCCCGUGAAGACGAUCAAGACCAACGUGAUGGGAACGCUUAACAUGCUCGGGUUGGCCAAGCGUGUUGGUGCUCGUUUUCUCCUCACAAGUACCAGUGAAGUUUACGGAGAUCCGAUCGAGCACCCGCAGAAGGAGGACUAUUGGGGUCACGUAAAUCCCAUUGGUGUUCGGAGUUGCUAUGAUGAAGGCAAGCGUGUUGCUGAAACGCUGACCAUGGAUUAUCACAGAGGUGACAGUGUCCAUGUGAGGAUUGCCCGAAUUUUCAAUACUUAUGGUCCACGAAUGUGCAUUGAUGACGGCCGCGUAGUGAGCAAUUUCGUUGCACAGGCUCUACGUAAGGAGGCCAUGACUGUCUACGGGAAUGGAAAGCAAACUCGGAGCUUUCAAUAUGUGUCAGAUCUGGUUGAAGGGCUUAUCAGGCUAAUGGAAGGCGAGCACAUCGGACCCUUCAACCUUGGCAAUCCCGGAGAGUUCACCAUGUUGGAACUCGCACAGGUGGUACGAGAGACGAUUGAUCCAGAGGCAAAGAUAGAGUUCCGGAACAACACGGAGGACGAUCCACACAAGAGGAAGCCGGACAUCACCAAAGCCAAGAAACUCCUUGGCUGGAAGCCCAAGAUCUCCCUGAGGGAAGGGCUGCCUCUCAUGGUGGAGGACUUUAGGCGGCGAGUGUUUGACAAUGGUGAGAACUCGAGGUAAAAGAGGCCACGGUUUUUGGAACAGGAGAGGAGAGGAGAUGAGGUCCAGAUAGAACAAGGCAGGCUUGCACAGUCGUAUUGGCUGUCCUGUACACCUAUCGAGCCACAGGAGAGAAAAAACUAGAAAAGAAAGAGGCAACGCGGAAUGGCGGUGAAAGUUUCCAGCUUCUCGGCAGCUUGUUUUCAUGGUGAUAUUUUCAAUCUAGGAGAGAAUAAAGUUUGUUGUUAUGAUUCUUAGCCA